AUGCUUAGAGAGUCAGCCUCGAGCUCGCAAGGUGGCGAAGGCGGGGGAAGCGGAGUCACUGGCGAGAACGCUGUCAGCCGAUCGGCCCUCUUGCCGGCCUGGGGGCCCCUCGAAGCCCCCACCCUAUAUCAGCGAUCGGCAUCGCUCACACCUCAACUGACCUCAACAACUUACUCGCCCCUGCUAGGCUUUCACCGCUCAAAUGCGUCGAAGAUGGCCGGGCGCGGUGGCGAUGGCUUGCGCGGAGCGGAAGUCAGCGCAUCACCACAGCCCCUGCUGGGGAACCCUCGCUUCGGCUUGUCGCCGCAGCGAGCGUCGACGUCACAGAACAUGCCGUUGCCACCACUCAACAGCAUGCAUUUCUCGCUGCAGGUGCCGCAAGCGCGGUAUUCAGGCUUGCCGAUUACGCCGACGAUUGCCUCGCUCAUGUCGUCCUCUUCCCAUUCCCCUACCGCUGCGCGGGUGUUGAUGAGCGCCGCGGCUUGGCCGUCGCCGUCGCGCCGCCCCGUACGAUUGGCGCUUGGGGCCUUCUGCGUGUUAAAUGCGGUUAUCGCUUUCCUGUUCACGUGGAUGAUGCGCACGCAGCAGACUGGCUUUGCGCUGACGGCGGCGAAGCGGCGGUGGGACCUCAAGGAGCGAUCUAGCGCGACCUGCACGGCUGGCGUCUACUAUUUAAUCAUCGGGCUUGUGUUGCUAACAGACCGACUCAGCUCGAUUAUUGCUGUGGCUGUUCAACUAGGCGUGCGGUUCGUGAGGGUCGCCUUUCCAUCGAUUCUUCGCUGGUUGCUUUGGUGCGUUAGGAGAAUAGCAGCGUCUAGGAUUUGUGUUCCACUGCUGCGCCGCUUAGCCCCACACGCCGCCACCGCCUCGUCUGAGAAUCAGCGAUUGCUAAUGCGAAGCAAGUCGGUGCGGUCUCUUCGAUCUAGUGCUGCCGUUCCUGCUGUUGAUGCGCCGACGGCGCUCUCGAGUCAUGGGCUACUGCAACGCUUUUCAUGCAGCCAGCUGGGCCCCUCAUUUCAGUUGUCGCAGACCAACUCGAUGCGCGAAUCCAUGGCCGAUUUGGAGGUGGAUAGGCGACCGAGUUCCGCCACCGCUGCAUCACUGAGCAUUCGGCGACGCGGCGCCUGA